AUGGAGGCGAAAUACGUCGCAUGGCGGUCUGCCUACCUCCGCACCUCCCCCGCCGGCCUCUACUGCUACUACAACGCCAAAGGCGACAAUGGCAACGCCAUCACCUGCUCGGAAGCUCACGGCUAUGCCAUGCUCAUCUCUGUUCUCCACGGGAAUCGUACCGACUUUGACGGUCUGUUGAGCUUCUUUCAACGGUUUCGAAACGAUCGUGGGUUGAUGUGUUGGCAGAUCCGGUCGGCGAACCAACCUGGUGGGGGAGAGGUGGAACCGUAUGUGGAGGAGGAUGGUAGGACAUCGGCUACGGAUGGAGAUGUGGAUAUCGCUUCAUCGCUGUAUCUGGCGUGGAAGAAGUGGGGUGGUGAGGAGAGGUAUAAGGUGGAAGCGGAUCGGUUGACUUCUUCCAUUUUGCGAUAUACGAUCCAUCCGCACCUUGGGACGCCGUUGUUGGGUGACUGGGCGAACUGCGAUACCCCCGCUGGUAAGAAGUUGUACGAUAGCACCAGGACGAGCGAUUUCAUCCUCUCUGCAUUUGCGUUGUUCUCACGCUACCAUUGCGAUGCUUCCGAACGCACGAGGUGGGAGUGGGUGCUUCAAUCGACCAAACAAGUCGCACUCUCCUGCGGUGGUACCACCGGUCUCCUCCCCGAUUUCCUCACCUUCAACACGAACACGCAAACCUGGCACCCUGCUCACGGCAAGCUCCUGGAAUCCGACCACGACGGCAACCUCAACUGGAACGCAUGCCGUACACCCUGGCGUCUCUCGCACUACCUCGCCACCACCGGAGACACCUCCAUCCUACCCUUGCUGCAACACGCACACCACUCGGUGAGGAGCGAAAGCUGUUUCAGUUUCCCACAGAUUCCAGCUGGAGUCGAUCUCCAGCACAAAAGGGCGCUGGUGGAGUACAGCGAUAAGGCGUUCAUCGCUCCUGUGGGGUACAUGUGCUAUGUGUUGGGUGAUGCGGAGGGUCAUAGCAGGUGUGUGGCGGCGUUGGGGGAGGAGGAGGGCGGGUAUUUUGGCGAUACGAUCGAUGUGUUGAUUGCGGAACAGGCGGGACACGCGAAUGAGUGGUUUUGA